UCAUACCUACAGGGCUCGUACACUAUGGUUUAUUGACCACGCCAUUCGGUGCUGAGCUGCCUUUCUCUGGCGCCAAGCAGCAGCUUGACCUGUCAUUCUACGGCAGUGUUUGCUGCGCAAUCAGGCGCGAAAACAGCCUUACCACUAAUCCUGACUGCUUCAGUGGGAACACCAAGACCAUGUUCUGGAUUCCAGGCUCGUCACCGCACCCUAGACUGGAGUCCGCAGCAGGUGGCAAGAAAUCAGCGACAGCAGAGGCCGCUCUGUGGAGGGAGAUGCGUGAGUGCAGCGCCAACUUGAAGCACAACAUGUUUGUCUCCGUUAAGCAUGCCAGUGCUGAUCCGGACAAGUCACUGGACAAGCAAGAGGUCCUAGCUACCACUAAGCGCAGCCAGCCCAUCAACUUCUCAGUCAACAUCACCGGCAUAGGUGACUCCACGAUGGACAUGGCUGUGCUGGAGAGGCAGUACAAGGCGUACUCCAAGUUCCACUUUGGGAAGUCUCAGGGGGGUGGUGGAAGCAGCAGCACUGGAGGGGGCGGUGGCAGCAGUGGGGAGGUUCCACACAUAACCUCACGGGUGCCAGGGUUCCCUAGUUCUCAGCUGGAGCACAUCCUGGAGUCCCGUCUGUUGAUGGCACCUGACAAGGAGAACGAACCCACCUCGUUCAUGUGUGACAUGCUGGCGCGCAGCUCCUAUGGCCGCAAGUGGCGCAAGGCAGCUGACGGCCGCGCCAUGCUGUACAUGCAAUACAGCAAUUCCAGCCGCUUCACUGGCCCCAACCUGUUCGCUCCUGGUGCCAAAGUCCCUCCGCUUGGUCUACUCCUGCGGCUUGGCACUGCAUCAACUUUCCGGGACGCCGGAGCCAUGCUUACAAGUUACAUCGACCGUGGCGAUGGACCUACUGCUGCACACCCAACGGCGCUGGCAUCACGUGUGUUUGGCUUCGCACUACCGACUGCGCAGCCUCCACCACCUGAUGAGCAGGUGCCACAGCAGCAGCAGCAGCAGCAGCAACAGCCGCAGCAGCAGCAGCAGCAGCAGCAGCAGCAGCAGCAGCAACAUCAACAGCAGCAGCUGCAGGAGCGAGAGCAUGAGGCAGGUGUAGCAUGCGCAGCUGGUGGCCGACCCACCACCAGUGUAUCCGCUGAAAGUCCUACCUACACGACCGCAAGUGGCGGUGCCGGUGGCGGUGGACCGGUGGCAGAGCCACCUCACCUACCUGGGCCACCCCCGGCACCACCAGUUGUGGUGGCAGCAGCGCCGGCAGCCCCUUUGGGAGCGGCAGCGGCAACAGUGGCACCGGCAACGGCGGCAGCGACAGCACCGGUGACUGGCUUCACGCUGGACAGCCUUGAAGACAUAGAGGCUCGCUGGGGACUCACGGGAGAGGUCGAUGCCAACCCGCGCGCAGGGCAACGGAAACGAAAGGUGGAGAACCCUGAUGAUGACCUAGGUGUGCGUGUGCGGAAGGAGAAGAAGAAGCAGAAGAAGGCGGCAACACGGGGUGUGGGUGAGGGCCGUGGCCGGGGAGGUUCCAAGGCAAAUGCCAAGGCCAGCACCAAGGCCGGUGCCAAGGCCAGCGCCAAGGCCGGUGCCAAGGCCAGCACGAAGGCCGGUGCCAAGGCUACUGGCCGUGGUAAGAAGCCAGCGGCUGAGGAGGAGCCAGAUUUUAGCUCUGUUUCAGAUAGCGAGGAGGAGGCGGAGUUUGAAAGUGGUUCUAGUUCUGAGGAGGAGGCAGAGGUGGUGGAGGAGGAGGAGGAGAAGGAGGCGGCAGCGGGGAGUGCGCGCCAGAAGGCCACCAAGCAGGGUGGGGGCACCGCUGCCAGCCCAUUCUUCAGCCCCGGGCUGCAGCUCCACCUUGCCCUGUCCACGCAUAGCCUGGCGCACGGCGUGCAGGACCUGACGACGCAGCCUCAGGGCCCCAGCCUGCCUACCUACCCAGUCCUUCUGGUGGGUGCCACCACGGGGCUCCCAGAGGGCGAGCAGCUGUCCUCCGCCGGCGUCCGGGAAGUGACCAGCGCUGCCUUGUCAGUGCUGGACACCAUGUGCAGGCAGGGCAACCAGCCGCAGCUCUUGCAGGGCCACUCUCUGCACAGCACAGGCCGCCCCUCCCGCACGUUUGCGGGGCUGGCCUUCAGCCGGUGCGCAACCAGCGCCAGCAAAGCAGCCUUCACAGCGGAGCUCAUGCGCAAGUCGCUGCUGGCGGUACCGCUCCAGCGCGGUCAGGCUGUCCUCACGGUUCACGUGCCAGUGGACAACCGGCCCAUCAUUCCGGGCACCUACACCGUCACGGUCAAGAUGGUGGGAAGUUAGCCUGGAUCGCGAGGGCUGGGGCCAGCAGCCGUGGCGCCGCCAGUGGGACCGACGUGGCGUGAGUUCACAAUCCCCAUUUCGCGCUCAAGGCGGUAGUAGAGAAGGGAUGUGGUGCGCAGGCUGAUGACACUGUGCAUGUGUAUGCGCGAGCAGCAGGAUUUUGCUGAUGUGGUGGUGGCACCCAGCGACCGGAGAAGGGGUUCCAAGGUGUUUGACACAGUGCCGCCGUGGCCCAGCGUCACAAUCUGCUCCUUUUUAUAUACUACGUCCCAGCCUGCAUCCCGCAGGGCGUCGGCUAGGCGAGUGUGCUGGGCUUGUUUCUGGUCACACUUUUCGCUGUGGUGGAGGUCCGAUGUGUAACCAACUUCUAUCAGGUAAACUUUGUGUUGCCGUCGGCCGGCGGUUGUAAGGCCGCGGGGCCCACUAGCCCCCACGUCGGAGCAUGGUAGGGAUGGGAUGAACAGGAUGUCAGGCCUCAUCCUUUUUCGGUCGGCCUCGGGGAUAUUGUUGCGCAGCAUCCAUUUGGGGGGGCAGGUGCCCGCACAGUAUUCGGGGCGUGCAUCUGCACUGCUUGCGUCCAUCAACAUGUACCCGCCACCGUUGGCGCCAUGGUGCAGGCAUUCCGCGAUCAUACGGACGGCGGCAUUGUGUUUGGCGAUGCGGGCCCCAACAAGUUGGGGGUGCGCACAGUGGCCGGCAAGGUGGCCUGCGUUGCCCCGUUCGGGGGGGGAUCCAGCGCGCUGGUGAAUCGGGGCGCAGAGUGCACAUGUGUCACUCGCACGUAGUUUGAACAGCGCAAGCCGGGCGGGGCAGAUGAGGCCUCCCUGCCUGGCAUUCUGGAUGAAGCGUCGGAGGCUGUGCCCAGCGCCAGGGUGCGUCAUGUAGGCGGUGCUGGCCCUAGUGUCCAGGUGUGGGGCGGACUCCGCCCACUUGGUCGUGUAGAGUGUGUGUUUGGAAUGACCGCCAUGGGAGGAAGGGUCUAGUGUUUUCAGGAGGCCUCGAUUGAGGUCCGAGAUGUAGUGCACGGUGGUAGAGCCGUCUUCCCGCGUCCGGGUCGUUGCUGGCCACCAGUGUGCGGCGUGGGGGUUAUUGUCAGCGAGCUCCGAGACGUCAGCCGGUUUAGUGCUUGUAGCUACGUCUGCUGCACCUUUAUCGGCUUCUUCAUUACCGUGCAGACCCGUGUGAGAAACGACUUUGAGGAAAACGGUGUGUGCGUCCCUCUUCGCUCGUGCAUGGAGCAAAUCGGCGAUCGAACUCAA